AGAGAACGAGGCAAGGGAUCGUAACACUGGAGCUCAAGGAUAAAUCAUGGACUCUGCAUACAUCCCACAACACCUGGAUGUCCACCAUGCUCCCUGCUAAUCUCCUGCUCCUCAUGGUCUUGCUGCUACCUCAAGCCUCAUCUGGUCGCCAGGGUGGAGACACCAGUGAGACUACUCAUGGCAGGGCGUCUCCUACACCUUCAUCCUCGCCCCUCACAUCCACACUCCCUGAUCCCAGUCUGGCUCAGACCAUCCAGAACCUCCUCCUGAGUCGACUGGGCCUGCAGUCCCAGCCUGAUCCGCGGCCCGGAGUACCAGUGCCACAGUACCUCCUGGAUCUUUACCGUUUUCAACAGCAGCAGUACCAUCUGGUGGAAGACCCUUCGUUCAGUUUCCCCAGGAGGCACAUCGAGCAGGCCAACACUGUGCGCAGCUUUCACCACAAUGAGCCUCUUGGAGACAGUAGCAAAGCAAACGAUCGUACGAGAGUGCACAUUUCUUUCAAUAUCUCCUCCAUACCUCAGGAUGAGACGGUCCUCUCUGCUGAGCUUCGGCUCCUCCGCAGUGACAGAGCUUCCCUGGGCCCAGGGCCCCACAGAUUAAACCUAUACCUCUCUAAGCAUCAUGAAGAUCCUGAGCCCACUCUGCUAGAGACUAGAUUACUUGCCAGUGGCCUCCACAGUCAUAAACCUAAUGGUUUUUGGGAGGCAUUUAGUAUAAAUGCAGAACUCCUCCACAGGACCCUUACUGGGACUGGCAGCUUGGGCUUCAUCCUGGAUGUCAGACCUGAAAACAGCACCACUUCACUUCCUGACCAGAGUUUCUCCUCUGCUGCUGGUGAGGAGGAAGCAGAGAAACACAACAAGGGACAUCUGAGGGUAUGCAGGUCUGUGGAGCAGAACGAUCACAGCUGGGCCCAGGAGAGACCCCUCUUAGUGACUUACAGUCACGAUGGUCGUGGAGAGCCUUUAGUCAAACACAGCAGAAGAACAUCUGAUAAUGACCGUCGGAUGAGGGGAAGAAAAGGGUCCAAUGCAAGGGCCAAGAACAGCAGUAAGGGCCAAAAAAUAGACCCAGGCUGGGGGAAGGCCAAAAAGGUGGGGUAUUUUAUGCAGGGCUGGGGGAGUGACAAAAGGAGGAUAAGCUGGAGUGACCGUGGAAGGGUGAAAAGAAAUGGUGGCAACUCAGCAAAACUGAAGCGUCUUUCUCGUGGCAGGUGCCGCCGUCAUCCCUUAUAUGUUGAUUUCAAUGAUGUGGGCUGGCACAAGUGGAUCAUCGCACCUAGCGGCUAUGAUGCUUUCUUCUGCCUGGGGGAGUGCCGCUAUCCUUUGGCUGACCACAUGAACGCCUCCAGCCAUGCCGUGGUUCAAACAAUGGUGAACUCUGUGAAUGGAGCGGUGCCUCGGGCCUGCUGCGUCCCCACCUCCCUCAGCCCCAUUGCCCUGCUCUACCUAGACCAUCUGGACCGAGUCGUACUAAAGAAUUAUCAGGACAUGGUGGUGGAGAGCUGUGGCUGCUGGUAGAGGAUUGUAAAUCUCUAACAGAAGGGGCACUCCAUUGUUGAUAAAGGAAAAAAAGGGUAAAGAAGAAACUGUAGAAACCAAACAAAAAAAAUAAAGCGCAGAGCCUGAAACAGAAGCAACAUCAGAAAGUUGAGUGUAGAGAAUAAAGCAGCUAAUGUAUCAAUAACAGGAGCAAGAGGUCAAA